AUGUCAAGCGAAGAAUUAACUGAUGAUCAGGAUUAUGACAAUGGUUCGUGCGAAUGUGGUCUAUUUCAUUCGCUACCGCCUGAAAUAUGGCUAAAUUUAUUUGGUUAUAUAUCAGCCGAGUAUAUAAUUGAAAAAUUGAGUCUUGUUUGUAAAUCACUUCGUACUUUUAUUCUAUCAUCACAAUCGUAUUGGAAAUAUCGAUAUGAAAGGCGUGUUCGAGCACCGUAUCGAUCAAUGCCAAACACACACGGUACAUGGCUUAACAUUUGUUAUCAACUUGAACGCAGAGGACGUGAAUGGCAACAAUGUGCUGAACAACAUCAAAAUAUUCUAUCUAUAUCAGGUGCUCAUAUUGGUCCAGUAGCGGAUGCAAUUAUUCUUGAGGAUGGUUAUACCUGUGUGACAGGUAGUCGUGAUUCAUCAAUAUGUUGUUGGGAUCUACGACGAAUAGUCCGCCCUGAAGAAACAAAAGUAUCGAAUGCAUUUGGCUCAGCAUAUGUCACCAAACGCGCUGAAGAUAAGCAACAGCGAUGGAUUUGGUCACUCGACCAUGAAGGGCACGUUAUAUCGAGCGCAUCAUCAAAUUAUGAAAUUCGUCUUUGGGAUUUAAAUGAAGAACUACGUGAAAUAUCACGAAUAAAAUUACGAUCAACAUUUGCGAUGACUCAUCGACUUCGAGAUUCAUUACUUUAUGCUGGUGUCUACAAUGGUAAAUUAAAUGUUUACGAUACAAGAAUAAAUAAUACCGAAACCAAUAAUACUCCUGUUCAUAUUGAACAAGUAACGCGACGCGGUUACAUUUAUGCACUAGAAUUGCAAGAUAAUUAUAUUCUUGUGAUGCAUAAAUCAAGUACAUUAUGUUUAUAUGAUCAACGAACAUGGAAAAAAAUAGAAAAUGUUCCAUUGAAUCUUGGUGAACGCGUUUCAUCCUACUACAAAAAUUCUCUUUUAUUUCUUGGUGAUAAUGAAGGAUUUGUACAUACAUUUCAUUGGAAGAAAGAUCAUUGUGAAUUUAUUGAAAAAAUUCGAACUGAACAUGGAUGUCCAAUAACAGCAUUGUGCCAUAAUCAAGGUAUACUUCAAACAUGUACGGCAGUCACCAAGACUUUAGCUAUUGAUCAACUUUCAACGCCUGCAAAACAUCUUGCUCGAAUUCAAGCUGAUACAAUGGAUCAACAUAUUUGUAUGGAUGCAAAUGAUAAUGGUUUAACAGUCAUUGGUGGAAGUGAUAAUAAUUUAAUUACUAUCUAUCGUGAUGAAUUCCGACGUUGCUAUGCUUUAUAA